UCCAGUUUGACAUCCCCAAACCCAGAAAGAUUUCCUCUACCAUGUUCAUUUGAGAGAAAUGAGUACAUUUCCUGUUUUCCUCUUUCCUUAUUGUCAGACAUCCCCAGUCUUCUUUGUCCCUGCUAAGUGAGAAGAGGUGUGGUGAUCUGUCCCUCAACUCCCUUCAGUAUCAAAAAACAUAACAAAUGGGGUUAAGCUGCGGCUGCAGGUGGUGAGGACUCUGUUGAUACCUCUCCUGGGGUGUGUGUUUUCCUCUGUCUCACCUUCAGGAAUUACACUGUGCCUUCUCCACAGGGGAAUGGGCUUUAUCUACGCUGCCCUCCACUCUCCCAGCAACUGCUCUUGAACGGUGUGGACUAGGGCAGGCCUUCACCUUUUCCUCCCAAUGACGUCCUGUACCCUCACCUGGAGUCUAGGGUACAAAGACUCUGGGGGGAAGAUGGGGAUAAUAUGCUGAGAUUGACCUGAGGAGACCAUCUCUACACACACCAAUGGCAGCUGCCCCAGGGCCUGCUUCCUCUUCCCGGGCCUGUCAUCCUCUGGGAGGGAGGGGCAGUGCUCCAGUCUCCGGUGCCUACAACAGGUUUCUCUUUCUCAACACUGGCGAUAACCAGUCUCCAUACCACUGUUGCCUUUUUAAAUCUCUUAAUAUUCUCAUGCUGUGUUUGUUGUUGAUUCCAAUCUGAUUAUCACCAGGGCUGUGUGGGGAAAUACUUCUAAAUGCGCUCUCAUCUUUCUUGCUCUUUUUUUCCCCCCUGAUCUUAUGUAUGUAUGAUGCUAAUCUCUUGUCUUUCAGUUUCUUCCUGCUCUUUUGUAUCUUCCUUUCUUGUCUCUCCCCCUACCUUUUGUCUCUGGGUGUUUUGGGGCUUUUUUUUUUUUUUUUUUUUUUUUUUUUUUUGCCUUUUUGUACAAAGAUUAGUUUCAAUGUAGUCUGUAGCUCCUUUGUAAACCAAUUAAAAAAAAGUUUUUUUAAUAAAAAGCCACGUCUCUGGUGUGUUGACAGGGUGGGAAUGGGGAGAAAUAUGGUUGUAAUUUCAUAUACUGAACCCAACAAAGGUUUCCAGGUACACCAUUGUGCCGUCAUACAUGUUAAUACAAUUGCCCUACACUUAACUCCCAGGCAAACAAUUUCAUGACCAUAUCAAUGUACCAUGAGUACAUAGAAGUGUGGAGGACCAAGAGAAACGGGGCAGGCCCAACCUCUUUUUUUUUGGUGUGUAUAAGCUUUUUAUUUUGGAAUACGUUUAAAUUUAAAGGAAAGUUGCAAAGAUAGUGCAGAGAGAUUCCAUGUACUCCUUACCCAGUUUUUUUCUAUUGUAAAUAUUCUGUGUUGUCAAAUCUCAGAAACUGACACUGGUACAUUCUAUUAGCUAACCCCUAGGCUCUAUGGGUUUCACAUUUUCUCAUUGAUGUCCUCCUGUUCCAGAAUCCAUUCUGGGAUGCUACAUUGCCUUUAGCUGAUACUCUUCCCAAGUCUCCUCUGGUCUGUGACAAUUUCUUAGUCUUUUCUUAUUUUUCAUGAUCUUGACAGUCUGGGAGUAUUGGCCAAGUGUCUUGUAGAAUAUCCCCCAAUCUGAAUUUUUCUGAUGUUUUGUCAUUAUUAGAUUGAGCUUAUAGGUUUUUGGAAGAAACACCACACAGGUGAAAUGAUGUGAAAUGUCCUCAUCACAUCCUAUCAAGGGUCAUAGCCACAUGACCCUACUGAUGAUAGUCUUCAUCACUUGGUUAAGAUAAUGUUUGUCAGAUUUCUCCACUGUUUUUCUUUCCCUGUUCUUUGGAAGCAAGUCACUAAAUCUAGCCCACCCUUAAUGGAGUUGGUAGGAAUUAAGUUUCCCUUCCUAGUGGAAAUAAUACCUAUGUAGAGUAUUUGGGAUUCUGUGAGAAAACGGUCUUUUCUCCCCUCACUAUUGAUUUAUAUUGGUAUGUACUCAAUGUAUAUUUAUUUUAGACCUGGUCUGUAAUUCGGUACUAUAUUAUUUUCAUUGCUCAAACUGUCCCAGCUUUGACCAUUGGGAGCUCUUUCAGGUUGGCUCCUGUGUCUCUUUGAUACAUCUACAUCCUUUUACUUUUUUGAGCACUUUUUAAAGAACUUUCUGAAGUACAAGAUGCUUCAUGUUUAUCUUGUAUUUUCCCUGUCCUAGCCUUAGGAUCAGCCAUUUCUCCAAGGACCCUUAGUUCUUUAUUGGAGAAUGGUAUUUAGAAACUAAGAUGUAGCCCCAACGUAUUUUACAGCAAUUAAUACCAGUCUGUGUCUAACAUGAUCGAAUCUAGAUUAUGGCCCCAUCUGAAACUGAAAUUGAAGUUAUUCUGACAGUCUUUCCACUUCCCAACAGCCUAUGGCUUCACUUCCCUUCCUACCUAUCCAAGAAUCCUUGGUCACUUGUUUAUACUGUGGCUACCAGCAUUCUCAGUCAAUUGUGUUCAUUUGACUACCUUUACUUUGUCAGUCACUCAGCCAUGGCUAAACUCAGCCAUUGGAUUUCCUUAUGUUAGCCACUAGCGAUACAACAUUUUAACAUUUGACUUUAAUGGUGCGGGGAAAGAUUUUUUGGUUUUGGGUUCUUGUUUUGGUUUUGUAGCUCUAAAUGGGCCUUUAAUAUUUGUGUCAUCUAUGCAUUCAGUAAACAUGUAUUGGGCCCUUACUGUGUCCUGGGUACUAACCUAGUUUGAGGAUAAAAAAUGACAGGUCCUGCCAUCAAGUACUUCAUAGUCAGGUGAAAGAGACACCAUUAAUUUCAGGUUUCCCAAUCCUGACCCCAUUUUUUUAGCAGAUGAUUUACUUCCUAUUACACGGAAAUGAUGAAUUUCUUUACUUCCCUUUCCCUACAUUUAUAUAGUCACUGAUACUAGUUUACCUCCUUAUCUUUUCUUGGGAGUGAAACAGUUUGCCUUUUCAAGGCCAGCACUGCCAUUUGUGCACUCAACCUCACUUGUUUUGAUGAUAUUUUCCCCUUUCAUCUUCAGUCUCUCCUGGGUUCCCUUUUGUCACCCUGUAAGCAUGUUAUCUGUCCCUCUGUCCUUCUGCUUCCACUUGUGAACUUCAGAUCUAGUCUCUUUUGAUUGCCACAGUUAGUGCAAGUAGUUUACACUUAGUUCUUCUCUUUUAUUCACCCCUCAGGCCACUUUGUUCAGCACCUGUCAUUUACGAAAUUGUUUCUUAGAAACGUCAGCGAUCUGGUUGCCAGCUCCAGUGGUCUUUCAGUCCUUUGCCUCUUAGACCUUACUAAGAAGCAACCAUGUGCAUCUCAGAGCUCUGGUCCCUUGGAGUGUGGGGCUAAUAACUCCUCGUUCUCCUUCAGCCUUUCUGACUCUUUGUCUCCUUCAUAGCUACUUCUGUCCCUUAAAUGUUGGUGUCCCUGUCGUGUGUCCUUUACCUUACUCUGCCUUUCACCCCCUUAAACAAGUUGUAUCCAUCCACUCUUCAGCUAUCCCAAAUUUUAAGCCCAACCUUUUCUCUCCACCUGGCAGACUGCUUACAGGACAUUUUCAUCUGGAUGUCCCACAGAUAACUCAAAAUGAACAUGUAAGACGGGGAAAUAAUCCUUUAUAUUCCCCCAAGUGUUACUACCCCUUGAUCAUUUAUACUUGAAACCUCAGAAUCAUCUUUCAAUUCUCUUUCAAAUACCAACAUUCAUUUGAUUACCAAUCCUGUCAAUAUUACCAAUACAGUGUAUCUCAACUUUAUCUCUUUUUAUUUCCACUGUUCUAGUACUCACCUUGGCUAGUGCUCAGGUCUCAUAACUGAUCUCCCUGCUUCUAGUCUCCCCGAGCCAAUCAGCCAUCUUCCGCACUGCCACCAAAUCCCUCCCUAAAAUUUUUUGCUUUUAGGAGAAGUCUAGUCUCCUUGAUAGAAACUUGAAAACCUUUCCAAUCUAGGGUGCUUUUCUUCUUCAUAUCUCAUACCCCUUUCUCCUGCUUACUCUCCCUGCCCCCAACACACACCCUCUAGGUACUUUUCUUCCCUUGUCUGCCCUGGACAGAAUUAACUUAUUUGAUCUUUCUCCUUAUAUAGCUCCUUGCCCAUACCCCUAGUCUGACACGUAAUUUUCUGGUUGCUUGUUGAUGUAUCUUCUUGCCUUUAUAGACUCUGAGAUCCUGGAGGGCAGGAAUCACACAUCUCUUUGUAGACCCAGCACCUAGUGAAAUUCCUUUUUAAGACUGAGACCUAAGGGUGCCUGGCUGGUUCAGUUGGAAGAGCACGAGACUCUUGAUGUCAGGGUCGUGAGUUUGAGCCCCACCUUGGAUGUAGGGAUUACUUCAAUUAAAAAAACAAAACAACAGAAUAGAUAUUUCUGAGUUAAGUGAAUAAACAACUCACUUUAGCCCUGUAGACAUGGGGGUCACAGGUAACUUACUGGGCCACUGCAGACUUGAAUCGGGAUCCUGAUGAAGAUCUUUGUGUAUGUGGAAUCCAGGGAGACUUUAUUUCUAUACUGAGGUUCUUUCUCAGGACCUUCCUAAUCCCUCAGCUCUCAGAUUCUUACCCCUUCUAUCACCACCUCACCUCAUAAACCUGGCUGGAAUGUUUCUGUCUUUGAAAAGGAGUAGUUGUCCAAGGCUUUGGGUGAGGAGACUGCCUUCCUGCCUGAUCCUUGCCUUGUUCCCCUCUGGAGGAGGUAGUCUCCUGAGACACUCCAGACACAAGAAGUUAUUUGAUCUUCAACUCCUGCCUGCCCACCUCCCCACUCCCACCUCCAGACUUAUCUGAUUUGGGAGCUGGUGAAGGAAGAUCGCUGUAACUAAGUACAACAUUCCAUCUCACUGGCAGGGCCCUGCAGACUCCCAGAAGGUCGGAGGGAGGGAUGGGCAGCUGUCUAUCUGCCUCUGGCCCUCAUCAUUCCUCCAGUUGCUCUUUCACAACUACUGGAGCUUUUACUCUUUCCUUCCUUCAUGCAGGGUCCCCAGGAGAAAGGCUCCAGAAUCAAAGAGUUGGGGCACCUGGGUGGCUCAGUCGGGUAAGGUGUCUGACUUCAGCUCAGGUCAUGAUCUCACGGUUCGUGAGUUUGAGCCCCACAUUGGGCUCUCUGCUGUCAGUGCAGGGCCCGCUUUGGAUCCUCUGCCUCUCUCUCUGCUACUCCCCUGCUUGUUCUCAUAUUCUCUCUCUCUCUCUCUCUCCCCGUCACUCUCUCUGUCACUCUCAAAAAUAAAACAUUAAUAAAUAUAUUUAAAAAAAAAAAAAAAAGAGUUACAGCCUCAUUCCUGGUCUAAGCCAGACCAUUGCCAGAAAGGGUUUCUAGGCAGCCACCAGGGGGACAGAGGCUAGGAAAACAGGGAACCGGUCCCCUCUGACUCUAAUUCUCAUGGGAGCCAACUGCUCACAGAUGUGGAAAUGAUUACCUAUUACUGUAAUGUCUUACUCUGGGGAAGAGUCUGGUGGAGCUGGACUCCUGUCUCCUAUUGCACCACAAACCAUAGACUUCUUCCAUCUCCAUGCUGAUGUUCCCACUGUAUACCCUGUGCUCUCCCUUCACGUUUUACAGUCUCUGCAGUUUAGUAGAUACAGGAGAUGUGAUACUAGUCCUCAGAGGAGGCUGGCCCUUUUUGCCCCCAGGAAGCAUCCUGAGUUUCUCCUAUGUCUGCUGACCUCUGGUGGUGAUAGUUUGAACUGGACCCUCCUUGUCUAGUUAGUGCCUGCUGGCAGGUAAUGAAUGGUGUACAUUCUCUCAGCCAUCCAAAUUCAAAUAUUCAAACACUGUAUCAAAUGGAAAUAUUUUUUACUGCUGAAUUUUUUGUUUUCAGGCCUCAUGACAUAAUGUAAAGAACAGAGCCUGGGCUUUGGAAUCAGACUUACCUAGGUUCAGGUCCUAGCUCUGUUUCCUAGCAGAGUGACCUUGGGCAAGUUACCUAAGCUUAGCUUUCUUACCUGUAAAGUGAAAAUAAUAAUAAAUAGCUCAAUGGGAAAAUGAGAUGAUUGUAAAAUGCAUAGCCCUAGCUGUGCCAUAGCACAUAGGUGCUCAAUAAAAGUUUGUUACCUUCUCAAUAAUAGUGAUUUUGUUCAGUGUAUGACUCCAUAUGAUUUUAAAAUUUUUGGUAACAUAAAAUUUACCAUUAUUCCCAUUUUUCAAUGUGACUUUUUUAAACUCUGAGAAGUUUUAUAUAACUGCUUUCUGAUUCUUGAGUUUGGAAACUGAGGUCAACUUUAGUAUGGACUGUGAAGCCUGCCUCUGCCCAGAGAGCUACAGAUCCGAGCCCUGAAAAUAAGGGUUAGAGAGAUCUUGGGCACAGCCAAAUGGCUCAGUUGACCUCACUCUGGUUUCCAGCCUAAGAAGGACUGACAGGAUCCAGCACUUUCUUCCAGGGUCAGCAAAGGGCAGAGGUCUGAAGUCAGGCAUCACAGGGUUCACAGCUGGGCCUCCAAGACCCCCUCCUCCCACUUUGCAGAGAAAAGAGGAGGCGGCUGCAGAGAAGAGGAUAUGUGAUUGCUUCUCUGCUCCUCCCUCUCCCUGCUUUUCCCUACACCCAUCCUCUCCCCCACAGCAGCCAUCUCCCCCGCAGCAACUGGAAAGAGGGAGGGGGGCGGAGUUGGGGACUGAGGGAUCAGAAGACCCACAGCGUCCUGUAUCUGAACGAAGCUCUUGCCGGGGGCAGCUGUGCUGGUUCAUGCUCCCCUCUCCAUGCUGCUUGCCUCCUCCAGCAUGAUGCUGGGGACUCUGGGCCUUUGGGUACUCCUCCCCAUAGCUGUGCAAGCACCCCCAAGCAGGCGGACCUGUGUGUUCUUUGAGGCCCCUGGAGUGCGGGGAAGCACAAAGACACUGGGGAAGCUGCUAGAUGCAGGACCAGGGCCCCCCAGGGUUAUCCGCUGCCUCUACAGCCGCUGCUGUUUUGGGAUCUGGAACCUGACCCAACACCAGGCACAGGUGGAGAUGCAAGGAUGCCGAGACAGUGAUGAGCCAGACUGUGAGGCCUCACACUGUGAGCUGAGCCCCCGAGCCCACCCUGGCCCCAGGUCCACUCUCUUCACCUGCUCCUGUGGCACUGACUUCUGCAAUGCCAAUUACAGCCAUCUGCCUCCUCCAGGGAGCCCUGGGACUCCUGGCUCCCAGGGUCCCCAAGCUGUCCCAGGCGAGUCCAUCUGGAUGGUGCUGGUGCUGCUGGGGCUAUUCCUCCUCCUCCUGCUGCUGCUGGGCAGCAUCGUCUUGGCCCUGCUACGGCGAAAGGCCUGCAGAGUCCAAGGUGGCCCAGAGCCAGAGCCAGAGCCAGAGCCAGGCUCAGGCAGGGACUGGAGUGCUGAGCUGCCCGAGCUGCCUGAGCUGCCCGAGCUGUGUUUCUCCCAGGUAAUCUGGGAAGGAGGUCACACAGUGGUGUGGGCUGGGCAGCUGCAAGGCAAGCUGGUAGCCAUCAAGGCCUUCUCCCUGAGGGCCGUGGCCCAGUUCCAAGCUGAGAGAGCACUAUAUGAACUGCCAAGCCUACAGCACGACCACAUUGUCCGCUUUAUCACCGCCAGCAGAGGGGGCCCUGGGCCCUUGCCCUGUGGGCCCCUGCUGGUACUGGAGCUGCACCCAAAGGGCUCCCUGUGCCACUACUUGACCCAGCACACCAGUGACUGGGGAAGUUCCAUGCGGAUGGCGCUGUCCCUGGCGCGGGGCCUGGCAUUUCUCCAUGAGGAGCGCUGGCAGAAUGGCCAAUACAAACCAGGUAUCGCCCACCGAGAUCUGAGCAGCCAGAAUGUGCUCAUUCGGGAGGAUGGGUCGUGUGCCAUUGGAGACCUGGGCCUUGCCUUGGUGCUCCCUGGCCUCACCCAGCCUCCCACCUGGGCCCCAACUCAACCCCGAGGCCCAGCUGCCAUCAUGGAGGCUGGCACCCAGAGGUACAUGGCACCAGAGCUCUUGGACAAGACUCUGGACCUACAAGACUGGGGCACGGCCCUCCGGCAAGCCGAUGUUUACUCUCUGGCUCUGCUCCUAUGGGAGAUCUUGAGCCGCUGCCCAGAUUUGUGGCCUGACAGCAGACCACCACCCUUCCAACUGGCCUAUGAGGCAGAACUGGGCAGCACCCCUACCACCUGUGAGCUGUGGACCUUGGCCGUGGAGGAGAGAAGGCGCCCCUACAUCCCAUCCACCUGGCACUGCUUCACCACAGACCCUGGUGGCCUGAGAGAGCUGCUAGAGGACUGUUGGGAUGCAGACCCAGAAGCACGGCUGACAGCUGAGUGUGUACAGCAGCGCCUGGCUGCCCUCGCCCGUCCUCAGGAGGCCCGCCCCUUCCCAGAGAGCUGCACCCACGACUGCCCACCUCUCUGCCCAGAAGACUGCCUCUCACCUCCUCCCCACUGCCAUUCCCCCUUGUAGGCCUCCACUGAAUGUCUGCUGCUUCGGCAUUCAGCAAGGCCCUGGUGCCAGGAGUCCUCCUGUACCAUCUCUCACCUGUAAAUAUGCAGUUUAUGUAUAACCUAUGUACAUGCAAACAUAAAUAUGGUGAUCAGA